AUGGGGGUAAACAGCGGCGGCGGCACCGACACGGGCCCGGGGGGCCCGGGGGGCUCGGGGAGGGCUCGAGGGGUGCCCCGAUCCCCGGUCCCUGCUGCGGGGGUCGCGACAGUCGCGACGGUGACGGCCCCUCGCUGCCAGCGGGGCCCAGCUGUCCCCGGUGCCAGCGGUGGCGACACCGACACGAGGCCGGGAGGGGUCCGGAAGGGCUCGGGGGUCCUGGGGGGUCCUGGGGGGGGCGGGGGGCUCCGGGGCUUGCUCGGGGGAGCCCCGGGGUGUGGAGAGAGAGGAGCCGCAGCACCGCGGGGUGCGGGAGGGGCUCCGGUUUGUGGUUCCCUACAAGUCCUGGGGGGUCCUGAUGCCCUCCCUGGGGGACACUCGGUGUCGGGGAGCUCGGGGCUGGCAGUGCGGGGCUCCCGGGGGUCUCUCGGGGAUCUCCGGGGAUCUCUCGGGGAUCUCCCUGGGGUCUCUCGGGGAUCUCCCGGGGGUCUCCCGGGGAUCUCCCGGGGGUCUCCCGGACCUCUCAGCCCAGCCGUGCCCUCCUCAGGCCGCACCAUCGCCCCGAAGAAGCUCCGCGUGGUCCAACAGCAGAAGCUGAAGAAGCGCCUGGAGGUCGGGAUCCGGAUGCGGAUCGAGCGGGAGACGGUGCAGCGAGCGCAGGGCGGCCUCCCCAAAAAGCUGGCGCUGGUCACGGCGCCGGCCCCCGCCAAGGACAAAGCCAAGAAGGGCCGCGGCUGAGCCCCACCGGGAAACGACCCCUGAACCCCCCUCCGGUGAUCCCCGCCAGGCUCUGGGGGAGUCCGGGCUGUUCUCAGCCCCACCAUCGUUCUUUAAUAAAAGGGAUUUGCGGGCGGCAGCCCCCCCGCGCCCACCA